GAAGAAGCAGCAGGGUCAGUGUCCUGCUCAGCUCUUAGCUCCGCUUUUUUUUUUUUUUAGCUUCGUUCUGCGCGUAGUCACUUUUCGGUUUUCUUAACAUAAACUUUCCGGAGGUGCCGUCAUGGCGUACCAGCUGUAUAGAAACACCACGCUGGGAAACAGUUUGCAGGAGAGUUUGGACGAGCUGAUACAGACUCAGCAGAUCACUCCUCAGCUGGCUCUGCAGGUCCUCCUACAGUUCGAUAAAGCCAUCAACACCGCGCUUGCCAACAGAGUCCGCAACAGAGUCAACUUCAGGGGGUCACUAAACACCUACAGGUUCUGUGACAACGUCUGGACGUUUGUUCUGAAUGAUGUGGAAUUCAGGGAGGUGACGGAACUGGUGAGGGUUGACAAGGUCAAGAUCGUCGCGUGUGAUGGAAAGAAUUCUGGCUCUAAUGCUGCAGAGUGACGCCUCUGUUCUGCUGCCUUCACGGGACUGGACUGUAAAUAUAAUUUGUUACAGCAGAGGCAUCGAGGGGUGGGGUCUGAUGGAGUGGACCAAUCACCUGUACCUGCUGCAUGUUUUGUUUUUUUGUUUGAAUAAUGCAUGUUGCAGUUUAAUACUGACUGAAUGGGUUCGCGUUUAAUAAAAACUUAAAUUGCA